AUGAAGGGCAUUUUGGAAAAGACUAUUUCGGGGACUCAGUCAGCAUUCCUCAAGGGGAGAUUUAUUUUAGAUGGUCCGCUUUUGAUCAAUGAGACUAUUGGAUGGUUGAAAAACAUGGGAAAGAGGGCGUUUUUAUUGAAGUUGGAUUUUGAAAAGGCGUAUGAUAAUGUGAACUGGGGUUUUUUAUUGUCUUCUUUGGAUAAUAUGGGAUUUCCGGGUAGAUGGUGUUCUUGGGUCAAGGGUAUUCUUGAAUCGGCCCAUUCGGCGGUUUUGGUUAACGGGUCCCCCACGUUUGAGUUCCAAUGUGAAAAGGGGUUCGACAGGGUGACCCAUAAAGCGGUUGGAUUGGGAGAAUUUAAAGGUGUUGAUAUAGGGAGCGGGGAUAAGACGAUAUCCCACCUGUUCUAUGCGGACGAUGCAUUGAUCGUUGGAGAAUGGUCUAAGAGUAAUGUGGAUCAGGUUGCCAGAAUUCUUCGUGUUUUUCAUAUGUGUUCAGGAGGGUUGGGUAUUUCAAGGAUGGUGGAUGUUAAUUUGGCGCUUCUAGCUAAAUGGGCUUGGAGAUUUUCUUUAGAGGUAAAUUCUAAAUGGAGAGGCAUCAUUGAAGCGAUACAUGGUGGUAGGGGCCUGUGGAGCUUUCUCCCGGUCAAGAGAUCUAUUCCGGGUUGCUGGAAGUCUAUCGUUAAUGUAUUGGAUAAAGUCCGUCUCCCGGAUAAAUCUUUGCAUCAAAUGAUUAAAGGGACGGUUGGGGUUGGGAAUGGGACUGUUGUUCGUUAUUGGUUUGAUAUUUGGAUUGGCGAUGUGACCUUGAAGAACAGAUGGCCUUGCUUAUAUAGUUUAGAUCGAAACAAAGGGUGUAGGGUCAUGGACCGGUUUAAACCGAAUGGGGUAGGGCUGCUGUUUGCAGGUAAUUGGAGGAGACAGCCUACAUCAGUUGAAGAAUUAUCGGAGAUGCAGGAUCUGGUGCGUCUCUUACACGGGUUUAAACUUGCCGAUAGAGAAGACAGGUGGGUGUGGAAUGAUGGGGCUAAGGGUCCUUUCUCGGUGGCCGAUUGUAAAAGAAUUUUAAAAACUAAUGUUUCAGCGGUUAAUGGGAAGCUUGGGUCCCGUUAA